UCCAAGACAGCGCCCCCAGAUGCUCGCUUUCCGGGGCUCUUUCCGGCCGCCGGCAAUGGCUGAGCCACUAUAAUGUUGCAGAUGUGGCCCUGGACGAUACUUGCUUGCUAUAGAUUCCCUGCGAGACAGAAGACUGAGAAGCCUUUUCUCUUGUAGAAGUUAUAGCGGAAGCCCACCCACACCUCAGCAGGAGUGCAAAUCCAGAGCUACCCGGUAAAUGCAGAGGUGCUUCCUCCUGGAUUAGCCAUCAUUGCUCCCUAAAGGCCUACCCCAUUCGACCGCCAGGUGGCAUCCUUCUGAAAGGGAAUUCACACCUCAGUCACAGAUGGCGUGGCAGUUGCCAGGCAACCGCAUCUGGGCGUUGCAAACAAUUGGGAUCAAGGACCAACCACGCGACAAGCUGUGCGCGGCUGCGUGGGCCUGGCCACCUGUCCUUCCUAAGAACACCUCGCUCUGUAUUUUACUAUGCUUUGCUCCCGAGAAGCUUUCCAUCACCCUUCUCGGAAUGAUUCCUACUUGGGAAAAAUGCAAACUCCCAAGAAACUACCAAUUAAUAAACCAACUCACCUUGCUCAGAAACAGGAACCCUGGACUCGGCUCAGCACAACUCCCACAGCCACUACCAUGAGGCGGGAUGUUAAUUUUUUUGAUCCAAAGAUACCAAAGGAUGACCUGGAUUUCCGACUAGCAGCCCUGUAUGACCACCAUUCUGGGACAUUCAAGAACAAAAGUGAGAUACUGCUCCAGCAGGACACCAUCCAGAACACUACCCAUGAAAUGCAGAUCCAAUUUGCUGGAGUAUGUUUAUCCUCUCCCCCUCUACCACCUAUCACUUCUUCAAUUAACAUCAGACAGUGGAUCAACCCUAAGAAGGAAUCCAUCCACAGUAUCCAGGGAGCCAUAGUGUCACCCCACACUGCAGCUACUAAUGGAGGCUUUUCUCGUAAGAAUGAUGGUGGCUUCUUCUCCACCUAGACUUGACAGGUUCUUGGACUCUUCUUAGUGGGCUAUCCUGCCACCUCACCAUCCAUUAAAUAGACUUGCGCAAGCUGAA